AUCAACUAUGCGAAACAACCGUAGGCAACCACAAAAACAUUUAUAGAAUCCCACCAACGAAACAUACUCGACACUACUGAUUCUAUCUUCUACGGCCAGCCAACUCGUCUACUUGCCUUUACCGUCUUUGUCCGACAAAGUCAAGCUCCCCACUAUCAAGUUCAGAUAGCACGUCUUAUCAUCAAACCCUAAUCAUUAGCCGCCACUUCGAUCGAUUUCGAGCCCUUACAAUCUCCUCAUAAUUUGCGAAACAGCGCUGGGGACUUGAAAGUCCUGCCAACUCAACGAUUUCGAGUCCGCAUAGUAUCGUGAAAUAUGUCGGGUGUUUGGGGCUGGUUUGGGGGAGGAAGUGCGGCGAAAGCGAAGGACUCCCCGAAGAAUGCUAUCUUAGGACUACGUGCGCAGCUUGAGAUGCUGCAGAAACGAGAGCGACAUUUACAGAGCCAAAUGGAUGAACAAGAUGCGAUAGCUAGGAAAAAUGUAAGCACGAAUAAGAAUGCUGCGAAGGCUGCGUUGCGCCGGAAGAAGCAACAUGAGCACACUCUAGAUCAAACUAUUGCACAGAUAUCGACGUUGGAACAACAAAUAUACUCUAUCGAAGCAGCCAACAUCAACAAGGAGACUCUCCUUGCCAUGGAGAAAGCCGGCAAGGCAAUGGCAGCUAUCCAUGGCAAACUCGAUAUCAAUAAGGUUGAUGAGACAAUGGACAAACUUCGAGAACAGCAUGCUUUGGGCGAAGAAAUCGCUCAAGCUAUUACGAGCGCACCUCUCGGCGAGCCUAUAGAUGAGACUGAGCUCGAAGACGAAUUGGCGGAUCUUGAACAAGAGCAGUUAGACAAUAAGAUGCUAAAGACUGGUUCCGUGCCAGUCUCUGAUGAGGUUCAUAGGUUGCCAUCUGUUGUGAACGGAGAGGUCAAAUCCAAAGCACCCGUUCAUGUUGAAGAAGAUGACGAAGAGGAAGAACUCCGAAAGCUACAAGCUGAGAUGGCCAUGUAAUUCAAAUAACAAUAAAUCCAAUAUUGAGCGAGUGGGUCGUUGGGCUUUCUGGUUUUAUCAGUUUGUUUUGUGUAUGGGGGGAGGCGUGCGAGAUUCUUUUGGGAGGGCACUAGCAGCUUCAAUUUUCAAUUUGCACAAGAGAGGAUAUCGGGAGUUUCGAAUCCAUUAACUGCGACGGCGUUUGGGAUUUGCUGUACAUCUGUCAAACGGACACCGAAUACCUUCUAUUACCAAUAAACUAGAAUAACAUCUACCAACAAUUUAAUGAUGCAUGUGGUUACCAAUACCUUCCUUGACGUUCGCUCACAUGAUAGUCAUUCACCGAUCUGAUACUGUGG